ACGAUGAUGGGACAAUGACGUGGACGAUUACCAAGAGGAUGACGUUGACGAUGAUUAUGACGUGGACUUGGUUUGUGGACGAGAGCACGUACGCAACGGAUGACGUGGACGAUGACGUGGACGAAGUGGAUGAUGUGGAUGACAUGGACGACGUGGAUGAUGUGGGCGCCGACCCGACAAACAAGGACAAGGAAGACGAAGUCCCAGACGACGAGGUGGAACUGUUGAUACUCCAGGCGUGGAGGACAAAUAUGGAGAGAGAGUUAUUGGGGAUCUUGUUCGGGAAAGUGAGAAACAACCACCUGGAGCCUAUUACGAAAGAAGUGCUGAUAUUCUUGGCGCAGCUCCUCGACGACCUGCCUCUGGAUAUCAUCUCUCACGGCGAUCAACGUCCUACUCCGAUCACGCUUACAGACACCUUAGCGCCACAUCUGUUGCGGUCUCUGUGCACGGAGAUCGACGGGGACAAUUGCUAUUACCCCUCCUCGGGCCACUACCUGGUCAUCGACGUGACCGACCUCACCUUUUGGGACCCGAUCAUUCGGAGAGGCGAAGAGAGACAAGAGGAGAGCGAAGAAGAAGAAGGAGAAGAAGAAGAGGAGAAUUCAAAGACGGAAUCUGACCACCCCGAUGACAACGAGUCAGAGGGAAUUGAGUAAGGAGGAAGUGGGUCGAACGAAUCAGACAACCCCAGGGAACGGAGCAAGGAAGAAGAUAAAGCCGCAACUCAAGA